CUCCAGCGACCUCUAGUGGAGUUAAGUGCCUUUAAAAACGGCGAAUCAAAAUGCGUGGAUUCGCUGGAUAGUAAAGAUUAAAAUGUCUCACACGUCACAAUAAUGCCAAAAAUAGACUCUACAUCUUGGGAAACGUGUUGUGACGCGCUAAUCGAUAGUUUCAGUUUUUCUGCCUGUCCCUGAACGCACCGCGAUCGAAUCCGAACCCAGACAAGCGAGCGCCGUCGUGUGCUAGCGGCUAGUUAGCAGUUAGCGGUUAGCAGCUCUUUCCGAGCGACGUUCGACGCUCGGCGACAACAUGCCCGUGGACGUGGAGCGGUGGAGCGGCCCUCUGGAGCUCCACGAGGUGGAGGACAAGCCCGGCCGGCCUCUGAGCGUCAAGUACGGCUCCGUGGAGAUCGACGAGCUGGGCAAAGUGCUCACGCCCACGCAGGUCCAGGAGCGGCCCACCUGCAUCGAGUGGGAGGGAUGUGACCCCAAGAAACUUUACACUUUGGCCCUGACGGACCCCGACGCCCCCAGCAGGGGAGACCCCAAAUUCAGGGAGUGGCAUCACUUCCUGGUGGUCAACAUGAAAGGAAACGACGUGUCUUCCGGCGAGGUCUUGUCCGACUACGUGGGCUCCGGCCCUCCUCGGGGCACAGGUCUCCACCGCUACGUGUGGCUGGUGUACAGCCAGGCGGGGGCGCUGGCGUGCAGCGAGCGCGUCCUGGGCGAUCGCUCGGGCGACGGCCGCGCCGACUUCAGCGUGCGCGCCUUCCGCCGCAAGUACGGGCUGGACGCGCCCGUGGCCGCCACCUGCUACCAGGCGCAGUGGGACGACUACGUGCCCGAACUCUACCGCCAGCUGGCCGGAAAGUAGGAAAACCAAAACCCGACGAAACAACGAAGCUGCUUAGCGAUCGCCUCGUUUGGCUCCGUCUGCUCAUUUCACUUCCAAUUUGAAAAAG